UUCCCCUUCAAGUCAUUUCCGUGAGCUUUCUCCAGUCGGUGCGCAAAAAAAGCAGUUAGCUGUUGUAGCGUGCGCGUUGUGUAGUUCAGUCGGCGGAUUUUUCGCUCGGUCUUUUUUUUUCUCACAACCGGCAUCAUGCGAGCGACCACAGCGGUCGUACUGUGUCUGACCGUAACGGGACUAAUUGCUCAACCUAUCCCCGCCGAUAAGGGCAACUCCACCGAGCAUGGAUCUCCCCUCAACCUGGAAGCUAGCAAGAUUGUUGAGUCCGGUGUUGCGGAAACUGCCUUGAGUUACGGACGCGCCGCAUAUGCUCCCAACUAUGACAGCCGGUCGUACUCUUCGCCUUAUCCCACAGCAACGUGCCAUGGUCACGCCCACGGCUACUAUGGCAAUCCCGCACACGGAUGCAAAAUCUUCCAUAUUUGCCAAGAAGACGGUCGUCUGGAGACAUUCGACUGCCCGCCCUUCACCAAAUUCAACAAUUACCUCCUCGUCUGUGAUUGGCCGCACAAGGUUGACUAUAACUGCGAUCCCAUCUACAAAGACGAAGACUACCCGCCGCAGAGCUACAACAACGCCUACCCCGUCGACAAAUCCUACGUUCCCAACUUCAUGAAUCUCUACCCGGUGAAGCCGGCCUACAAUCCUCUCUCAUACACUCCAAUCAUCCCGGCCUACGCCAAAGGCUACACGCCCUCCAAGUACGUUCCGGAAUACGCGCCGCACAAACACCACAAAAUGCCGGUGUACGAUGAGGUCUACCCCAAGACGCCCACCGUCUACUCCGUCCACGAGAAGAUGCCGUACAAAGCGUACGCUGAGAAGGUCUACGACUACCCGGCCUAUCCCGCCCCGAAAGCGCACUACCCGGCUGAGCGCAUCAUGUACGAGAAGCCCGCCGUCUACCCGCUGGACAAGCCGGUGUAUCCCGUAGAAAAACCAGCGUACGAGAAGCCCGCUGUCUAUCCCGCCGAAAAGCCGAUGUACCACGAGAAGCCGGUGUAUCCCAUGGAAAAGCCCGUCUACCACGACAAACCAGUCUAUCCCAUGGAGAAGCCCGUGUACAACGUCUACCCGGCUGAAAAGCCCGUCUAUGAGAAGCCAGGAUAUGUUGCCCCUUAUCCUCUUCCCAUGGAGAAGCCGGCGUACCCAGUUCAUUACGAAAAGCCUGCCUACAAUAAGCCGGCGUAUGACAAGCCAGUUUAUCCCGCCGAAAAGCCAGUGUAUGAAAAGGUCAUCUAUCCCGUAGAGAAGCCGGUGUAUGAAAAGCCUGUGUAUGACAAGCCAGCCUAUGAAAAGCCGAUCUAUGACAAGCCAGUCUAUGACAAGCCAGCCUAUGAGAAGCCUGUCUACGAUAAGCCAAGCUACGACAAACCCAUGUACGAAAAGCCCAUGUAUGAUAAGCCGGUAUACGAAAAGCCCAUCUACGAUAAACCAGCGUACGAACGUCCUGUGUAUGACAAGCCCGUAUACGAAAAGCCUAUCUACGAUAAGCCCGCGUACGAGAAGCCCGCUUACGAAAAACCCGCAUACCCAGUGGAGAAACCCCAGUACAACGUCUACGUCGAGAAGCCAGCGUACAACGCCUAUCCUGAAAAGACCGCAUACCCGAUGGAGAAACCCGCGUACGUCGCCCCGCAGCCCGUCGCCUAUCCAGUGCCUUUAGAGAAACCAUCCUACCACAUGGAGAAGCCCAUGUACAAGGAGUACGUCACCAAGCCCAUCUACAAGCCGGCCGACUACGAGAAGGACCUGUACAAACCCGAGUACCAGCCGGAGAAAUCCUACAUCCUGCCGCUGUUUCCUUACAAUACGUAUGCUGCGGAGUAUCCCGCCGCCUAUGAGCACAACAAACCCUACCACUACAAACACGACAAAUAUCCCACGGUGGCCAGUUAUGCCAGCUACUUGAAGAGCUACAACGCUAACCCCUAUGAGCCGCAGCCGUACGGUUAUUCCCCGGUGCCCUAUGUCAGCUACCGCAAACUGGCCGGUCUCUUGAAGAGCUACUGAGCUGCAGUACAGCCGCGGUGGGCGGUGGUGGAAAUGAUAAUUUAUCGAAUUGAGUGAUCGUGACACCGUCGUGUAGUAUGGCUAUACAGACUGUGUUUGUUCAGUGGACACUGUACAUACUGGCUAUUGAGCUUUAUUGACAUUGCUUUCCAUUUUUCUGACAUGACUCUUGAGUGGCGGUUUUGCAUAAUCAUGCGACAGUGUUUUUUGUACUUGAUCAGUUAAAAUUAAAUUAUGAUGAUUUUGAG